AAAGACACAACAAAGGCCUUCAAGAACACGAAUAGAGAGUAAUGUAAUUAAAGUGCACAAUACAAUAAUAAAUUUCCCUUUUUGAAUCUGACUACUUUUACUUCAUAUAUUCGAAUAUAGAAGGAACAUUAUUACUGCAACAAAUGUUAAUAAUGGACGGUGGAUUAUUGAACAAUAUACUACAAGUCUACAUUAUUCUAAUUGUGUAUAAAUUAUGUAUAACCUCUGGACAACACCUAUUCGAAAAGUACCAUAGUGAAGGUGAAUACAUAAAAGCAUCGUGCCCAUUUGGCGAAGUAAUUUAUUUUGAAACAGUUAGUUACCCUUCAACUAAUAACUAUAUAUCAUGGUACUGUGAUUAUCCAAUACAACAAGCUGAAUGGAGACCGGAAAUCAAAGGAUGCAAUGGAAGGCGUGUGUGUAACAUCAAAUCCAUACAUGAAAAAUGUAAUCCUUGUCCUGCAGAAUUCGGAUGUACUCAGUAUGAGUAUAUUUCUUAUGGUUGCAUGAGUAAUGAGCGGUAUGAACAAUGCAAAGGUAGAAAUAUAGCAUUAAAUUGUUAUAGAGAUUCCAUCAAUGUCUUGUCAGUUACACAUGGAUGGCGCUAUAACUGUAUAAAGCAAAGGUCCAUGUACUGCAAGAAGAAUGAAACAAUUGAAUAUGCCCAGUGGGAACGGUUAAAUGAACUAGAAGAGAUGUGUAAUGGAAGGAGUAAUUGUAAUGUAUACUCAUCUCCAACUGGAAACUGCUAUGCUAAUCAACGAUAUGUACAAAAUAACUUUGAGAGGAUACUAUAUAACUGUAUACCCAAACGAACAACAAUUGUGACUUCAACAGAGUUAUCAAAACGCGUAACAUUAGCAACAAUAACAGCUCUACCUUUAACAGCAACAACAACACAAUUAACUUCAUCAGCAAAACCUAGUAGAAAGCCGACAGAUCCACCAGAUACAACAGGAACACUGUCCACGGUCACUAUCAGUACAAGAAACUCUAUCACAACCAAUAAAAUAACAACAAACACACUUAAUUCGACAAUUGCUAGCACAGCAUUGGGCGUCUCUCAUGUAGCUAUCAUAUUGUCAUCUAUACUAGGAUUGUUGGGCAUUGUUCUUGUGGUUGUGCUGCUGGUAUGGAUAAUCAAGAGGAAACGAAGCAGAGUGCAGAGAACGGCUCUUGCUAAAUCUCCUGAAAAUGUGGCAUUUAUGUAUGCCAAUGCCAAUGAAAGGGUUAAUAACACAAAUGCUAUCGUACAAAAUAAAAGAGUUGAUGAACCUGACCUGAUUCCGAACGACACGCAUGACAUUGAGCAUGAACAAUCACCAGGUAACAUUACUGAUAUAUAUGCCCAUAUCCAUAAACCCAUCACUUCACAAUGGGAUAAUCCAACAGCCAAGAAUGAUGAUCACCAACUUGAAAAGAGGCUACCUGAUAACCAUAUCCAACAUGAAGAUGACAAUCAAUUCAAUGACACACCUAAAAUGGAUGAAAAUAUAUAUUACGCUACACUUGGAGAUGAUGUUGGAGCACCCUACCAACAUAAGCAUUCUCCUUUACCUCCUAUACCAGCUAAAAUGGACAAUUAUGACUAUGCAGCUGGUAAUGAUGAUGACCAAUCUAAGACUGAUGAAGCCAUUACAGAUGACUAUAAUACUAUUCAUUUUGGUACACGUAAACCUAAAACUGGAAAAGAGAACAAUGAAACAUAUGGGCAUUUGGAUAGAGAUAAACCAUAUGUUAGGGACAAUUCUAAUAAUAAUAUUGAGAUAAAUGAUGUGAAAGAUGUGCAGCAUUUGUACACGAGGGUAGAUAAAAAGAAAGAUAGAACAGACAAAUCAGAUUGGAAUCAAGGUACAAGGAAAGACCCACAAUUUGCUGUAGCAGACGAUGUGAGUGAUAUGUAUGCGCAUGUAAAUAAGAUAAAGCAACUUCCUUUAACUGAUAAGGAGAAACAAAGUAGAGUGCGAAAUGAAAUAAAUGAUAUGUAUGCCAAGGUACAAAAGAAAGAAAAGCAAAAUUCAGAAAACAUAUAAAAGUACAAAGGACAAUUCUAGUAAGCUAGUAAGUUCUUUUAAAAAGCAAUCAGAACAACAGUAAUUAUGAUUAUGAAUAAAUGAUGAGUCAUCAAAUGAAAACAAACUCUGCUGUAAUAUGCUAGAGGGCUGAUCAAAAAGUUUCUUACCAUUGGCUCUAGAAUUUAUAAUAAGAGGAGUUGGGUGCUCAAACUUUUACACGAGACAGGGUAGUAAGUUUGCUUAAAAUUGUUAUGACUUUCAUAUA